UUCCCGUACCUACACGACAGCUUCUGCUUCGACGGCAAGGAGUGCACGACGGAGGGUCUCACGCGCGCCUUCGAACCCCAGGUCUCCGAGGAGCGCAUCGCGCGCCUCGACGCCGUCGUCCAGCAGAGAUCUUUCGACCUCAUGCCGAUCCUCGAGGGGGUCUACGACAUCGGCAACGUGCUGGCCGUGUGCAGGUCAACCGAGGCGCUCGGCAUCGGAUCCCUCGGCGUCAUCUCCGACGCGGGGCUCGCGUUCAAGCAAUCCGGGCGGACCUCGGGCGGCGCGGUCAAGUGGACCAACUUGGAGCAGUGGCGGUCCACCGAGGAAGCCAUUCGAGAGGUGAAAGCCCGAGGAUACCGCGUUUUAACCACGGUGUUUGAAGGCGGACACCCGCUGGAGCACUACGAUUGGACGGUACCCACGGCGGUGAUCUUGGGCAACGAGCGCGAUGGUGUGAGCGACGAGGCCAAGCGCCUGGCGGACGGCGGCGUGUACAUAUCCAUGAACGGGUUCACCGAGAGUCUGAACGUGUCGGUGGCGAGCUCGAUGAUCAUGCACCACGCCGUGCAGGACCGGACGAGGCGACUGGGCUCGCACGGGAACCUCAGCGAACGGGAGAAGGAGACCCUGCGGGCGGUGUACCUGGCGAGGCUCGUGCCGCGGUAUCAGAAGCACGGGUACCUUAGACAGCUUCUCGAGCGC